GUCGAGAUUAUUCAUCACAGGUGAUUGUUCCUUGUGAGGGUGGUUGACGCCCUUCCUGGAACCAUCUGUCUCAUUGUCUUCCGUUCAAUCUCAUUUACUCAGGGUUUGCCUUAUUGAAACUUCUCUGUCCAUACCCACAUCCGGUGAACAGGGCGGGUUAGAGUCCAGCUUGAGUGAACUGUGAUAGAAAUUGAUCCGGUCCACUGCGUUGAUGAAUGGUUUCGCAAGAGGAAUACGCUAGCUGCCUGCAUUUUUCUUAGGCCGUGGCCUGUUCCUCGGAAUCGUGGCCCACCUGAUGGUCAGACACUCGAAAUAAUUGGUUUCCUACUUUAGCAAGACUCUCCGAAGGAUACACAAUGGUGUACCACUGGCAGAGCCACAAUGUGAAGGUUUCUGGUGUAGAUGACAUGGUCCUCCUCUCCAAGAUCACAGAUGAUGCCAUUGUUGAGAAUUUGAAGAAGCGAUUCAAUGAUGACUACAUAUUUACUUAUAUUGGCCCAGUGCUUGUCUCCAUCAAUCCUUUCAAGAAGCUCCCAUACUUCAGUGACAAGGAGGUGGAACUAUAUCAAGGAGCAGCUCAGUAUGAAAACCCUCCCCACAUCUAUGCUGUGGCAGACAACAUGUACCGCAAUAUGAUGAUUGACUCUGAGAGCCAAUGUGUCAUCAUCAGUGGUGAAUCAGGAGCUGGGAAAACUGUAGCAGCCAAGUAUAUCAUGUCAUAUGUGGCUCGGAUUUCUGGAGGUGGCGAUCGAGUUCAGCACACAAAGGAUGUGAUUUUAGAGUCUAAUCCUCUUCUUGAGGCCUUUGGCAAUGCCAAGACUGUCAGAAAUAACAAUUCCAGUCGCUUUGGAAAGUAUGUGGAGAUUCUGUUCAGCCCUGGAGGAGAGACGCUUGGAGGUAGGAUUUCCAAUUUCCUGCUGGAAAAAUCUCGAGUUGUAAGCCAGAAUUCAGAUGAGAGGAAUUUUCACAUCUUCUAUCAGCUACUUGCUGGAGCUCCUCGACAAUAUCAAGAAAGCCUGGGCCUCACAGAUCCUGAAUACUUCUAUUACUUAAGCCAAAGUGGCAUUUAUCGAGUUGAAGGGACCAAUGAUGCUGUGGACUUCCAGGAAACACUUAAAGCUAUGUCUGUGAUGGGGUUCAGUGAUGAACUGCAGUCAGACAUCCUGUCAGCAGUUUCUGGUGUGCUUCACAUGGGGAAUAUCCAGUUUGUGGAGAAAGGGAACUAUGCACAGAUCAGCAAUCAUGAAUUCCUGAACUAUCCUGCAUACCUGUUCCAAGUGGACCAGUCCCAGUUGGCUACAAAGUUGAUCAGCCGGACCAUGGAUGGUCGUUGGGGUGGGAAAAGUGAGAGCAUCCAUGUCACAUUGAACGUUGAACAGGCAGCUUACACCCGGGAUGCAUGGGCCAAAGGAGUCUAUACACGACUCUUUGAUUUUAUUGUGAAGGCUGUGAAUGAGGCCAUGGUGACAAGAGACACUGAACUCAAAAUGGGCAUCCUGGACAUCUAUGGGUUUGAGAUCUUUGGGCGCAAUGGAUUUGAGCAGUUCUGCAUCAAUUAUGUCAAUGAAAAACUGCAGCAGAUCUUCAUCGAGCUCACUCUAAAAGCAGAACAAGAGGAAUAUCAGGCGGAAGGGAUACGGUGGACCCCGAUCGAGUAUUUCAACAACAAGGUGGUGUGCGAAUUGAUCGAAGAGAGGAAGCCGCCGGGGAUCAUGAGCGUCUUGGAUGAUGUCUGUGCCACAAUGCAUGCCGUCUCCGAGGGCGCCGAUCGGGACCUUCAGCAAAAGCUGAAUCAAAGUGUGGGGAUGCAUGCUCACUACCAGGGAAGCAGUGUGGGAUUCGUCAUCCAUCACUAUGCCGGGAAGGUGAUAUAUAAUGUGGAAGGAUUCUGUGAGAGGAAUCGAGACGUCCUCUUCCAGGAUAUCAUUCAUGUUAUGCAGGCCAGCAACAGUGCAUUCCUGAGGAAUCUAUUCCCAGAGAGAGUGGAAACUGGCAAGGGUCGGCCAACGACUGCAGGGAGCAAGAUCAAGACCCAAGCCAAUCAGCUUGUUGAGACUUUGAUGAGAUGCUACCCCCACUAUAUCAGAUGCAUUAAGCCAAAUGAGACGAAGAAGCCACGCGACUGGGAGGAUGAUCGAGUUCAUCAUCAGGUGGAGUACCUGGGACUAAAGGAGAACAUUCGAGUCCGCAGGGCCGGAUUUGCCUAUCGACGCCCCUUUGACAGGUUUCUCAGGAGGUAUGCCAUUGUAUGCCCUGAGACAUGGCCCUCUUGGAGAGGAGAUGUACGAACAGGAGUCAUGCGAAUUCUUGCCACAGCCAACCUUGAUCUGGAUCAGUAUCAGCUUGGAAGGUCCAAGCUCUUCAUCAAAGCUCCUGAAUCUUUGUUCCUGUUGGAGGAGAUGCGUGAGAGGAAAUUUGAUGGUCAUGCUCGUAUUAUCCAGCGGGCAUUCCGACGCUACUUUGCUCAUAAGAGAUACUUGAAGACCAAACAGGAAGCUGCUGAGCUAUUCUUCUGCAAAAAGGAUCGCAGACGAUUCUCACUGAACCGGAAUUUUGUCGGCGACUACCUUGGCCUGGAUUCUAGGCCAGACCUGCAGGCUCUCAUUGGCCGACGCGAAAGGGUCAUCUUCGCACAAACCGUCAACAAGUUUGAUCGCAGGUUCAAGAGCUGCAAGAGAGACCUGAUCCUCACUGCACACUUUGUCCUUCUCCUGGGUCGGGAGAAGGUCAAGGAGAAGGGCCCCGACAAAGGGAAGGUCAAGCCGGUCAUCAAGCGGAAAAUUGGCUUUGAGAACUUGGAUCAUGUUGGUCUCAGCAUAUUGCAGGAUGACUUCUUGGUCCUCUACGUCCGCAAUGAGUAUGACUCCCUAUUAGAGGUGGCUCUCAAGACAGAAUUUGUCUAUGCAUUGGCCAAGAAGUAUCGAGAAAAGAUGAAUCGUGACCUUCAGAUUGCAUUUCUCAACAAGUUGGAGUUCCGGGUGAAGAAAGAAGGAUGGGGAGGAGGAUCAACGAGGACAGUGCGAUUUGAAUGCAAUCCCCAAGUGGGGAACAAAGGCAUUGCCCAGGCCAGCUCCAAGGCCCUCGUAGUCUCUGUUGCCCCUGGCCUGGGAAACAAUGCACGACCACAGCUGUCAACACCAAUGAGACCAGUAGGGGGUAGGGGAACAGCAGAAGCCCGCAAGAUAUCCAUUCCCUCAAGAUCUGCCCCUCUCCCACCUUCUUCCAACCAGCCAGCCCGGCCAUUGCCUCCCAUGAACUUUCAGCCAAGUCAUCAUCCAAUGUUACCUACAAAUCGCCCACCACCACCCCCCUCUGAACCAGCUCCACUUAAUCAACCCAAGCUGGAAAACGUUUCUGCAUUCCGUAACAAACAGAUUCAGCCUGGUAGGACAGGUGUGCCCUCACUGCCUUCAAGUGGUACUCAUAAUAUAUCCAGGAAAAUCUCAGCCACUCUGGAGAAGAUCCAAAAGGAUUUGGAAUUCUUGAAACCACCCGAACCUGGAGUUGCAGGACAGAAGAGAGAGAGUCUUAGUAAGCCUGUCCCAGGUGGGGGUCGGAUGAAGCCACAACUCCCACCCAAAAAGCCUUCUGCGGGGCCGAAAUGUCGGGCCCUGUAUGAUUAUGAACCCACUGACACUGAUGAGCUCCUCAUAAAGGAAGGAGAUGUCAUUGAAAUCAUCAAAGAAGAUCCUAAUGGCUGGUGGGAAGGGGUCCUCCGGGGGCGGAAGGGUCUUUUCCCGGGGAACUAUGUUGAGAAACUCUGAGGAAAGAAAUUCAUAAGAUGACAUCUUGCUCUCUGUCUCAUCUGUGAUGAUCGCUGAGUAUUCCUGCCCAUGGAACUUCCUCCAACUCCAAGAUACUUUUGCUGGCCUUUGUCUGCUUGGAUCAUUUGUUGUUCCUGUGUCGAGGCUCUUUGACCCUUGAGUGUGUUUCAGGAUGUAUUCAGCUUCAGCUCGUAGACUGCAAGCACUCAGGAAGGUUUUGAUUUCUUGUGAAUGGAUUUUUUACUGAUGGCUUGCGGUCCAUCUUUUCAUCUCUAUCUUGCUUAUAUACCACUCAGGACCUAGUGGUAAACAUGAUGAAAGGUAUGACAAGCCUCUAGGACAGUCACUCAGACAGUUGAAUACUUGCAUGAACAUGUUGAUUAAUGGAACAUUUAGUAAAUCUGAUC